AUGAAUCUCAUGUAUAUCGAGGGAACAUCACAUCGUCAACCAAUUGAUCCUUGCCGAGUAUCAGUUUCGGUUCGCAACUCGCCCAUCCCACACAUGCGCUUAUCGACUUCCUCUCAUAACGGCUGUAGACGUUUAUUUUAUCUCGUAACUGUUUCUGACAUGAACGGACCUAACUUCCAUCGAGCUCCAAGGUCGCGUUCGCGACCGCCAUCUUCCUCUAUAAUAAUGAUUAAACGAAAACGUGCCUUAGAAGCCUGCGAUUCAUGCAGAAAACAAAAGACGCGGUGUCUUUCAGGCCCUGCAGACGAUGAAAACCGUUCGUGUCUUCGUUGUCGGUCGUUACAACUGAAAAUACUAGAAAAGGCAAUCCAUACAAUUUCAGCGUCUUCCCAAUUGAACAAAAACACAUGGAACAGCGACGACAUUAUAGUCAAUGGUCUUCUAUGUAUGGACGAGAUAGAGCUGCUACUGGACAUCUUUAUUGAGCGGUACGGUCGUCGCUGGUUGUCCAUUGAAAUGACGAGCACGGAAUACUUUGAGCAACUGUAUCCCAAGUCGCCGCUCAUGUUGGCAACCGCUUGCUUGACGGCUCUUCGUCACAGUCAGGCCCUAAAAGCUCGUGUUUAUGUACAACUACUUGAUCUCGUUGAUCGGCUAGUUGCGCAGGAAUUGCUUACUUCAGCACCCUCUUUGCACUUUUUUGAAGCCGUUUCCAUUCUUACUCUCUAUUCACCUUUGAGAUUUGCACAAAGACAUGAUCUGUGGCUGCUGAGUGGAUUUGCUCUUCAACACCGCGUUCUAUCCAGCACGCGAGGUUGGUUUAAUGGCUUCGUUGGUUCGAGUGCCACGCUGACGUACCUUGACAUUGUGCCAGCACGUACGUGGAAUCAGAUGUGUCACGGACACCUAACUCUUUGUAUCGGUUAUCGGCGGCACGCUAUGUUGGAUGAAAACAACUUUGAUCAAUGCCGUACUAUACUCUCAAACUGUAAGGCUAAUGAGUUUGACGGUAACAUUCUUGGCAUGCUUGCACUCUACUCUAUGCUCUACCGGUUUUUGCGUUCCGAUUUUGAUCUUGACUAUGCAAUCUUUCAACUUGAGGAAUGGAAGAAAGAAUGGAGCCAUUUGUGGAAACAACCUGAACCUGAAUAUUCACAAAUUGCCUAUUACUACGCAUACAACGUCGUUUACGAAGCGUGCAUCCAAAUUGCCCUGCAAUCCAAAGACUCUUCCACCGUUCCUCACUACGCAAGCAUGGUGGAAAACUAUGCCGUCAAAACGAUAGGUGCUGUAAUGGGACUGUCUGCAUACGAUAUGUCUCGCUGUUCUGAUCAUGUUCUCUUUCAUGGAGCUUUUGCCUGUGCUAGUCUUUUGCGACUCGUGCACGCAGCAAACUGCAAGGCUCCGGGUUCUUCUGCUAUUGAUGGUGAAUCACUGAAUGCCAUUGUGACUAAGUGCUGGAAGUGGUUAGUCCUCAUCAGCGUUGACGAAUGGCAUUUGGCGAAUAAAUUCGCCAAUUACGUGAAGCAGUACCAAGACACUGUGAACAAUGGGACACAAAGCUCCAGAUGGUUUAAAGGCCCGAGCAAUCCUGUUAGCGAGUCUACUGCACUUGCGCUCAAGCCUUACAUACUCAGUGUUGCAACAGUCGAGCGCUCCUAA